UUGAGUUUUCUCUGUUUGUCUGUUUUGGUGAUUGGAUCAUUUUUAGGUCAUUAAUAAAUUUAAUGAAAUGUACUUUAUUUUUCUUGAAUGUAUCAUGAAUCAUGCUGUACUACUUAAAUAUUUCGUGAUGUGCGAUGUAUAUAACUGUUAGUGUAAAAUAUAUACAGUAAAACAAUUUUUGAAGUAAUGACACUGAAGAAAAUCGCGAAAAUGUCAACAAAAUCACAAAUAACUAAUGAAUUAAGCGAGAGUAUCAGCCAUGUAUUGGGGAAAAAUGUUAAAAUUUUAUAUAAAUCUCUCAUUCGUAUGGAAUCGAGAGGCGACAAAGUGGACAAUAGGGUUUUGGUUGUUACACCAUAUAGAAUUUUUAUUACUACUAUGAAAAUUCCAUGUAGGGUUGACAACGGAUUUCACCUGAUGGAAAUCGAAGCAUUGGAAAGCAAAAAAGCAAAUCACCUGUCAAUAACUCUUGUCCAUGAACACAAGCCAGUGUCCAUACUUAUAGGUGAAGAAGGUACUUCUGAAGGAGUCAUAAAUGCAAUGCAUGCUAUCGUUGCCGUAUUUGACGAUUUAUUUCCGAAUGUUCCUAUAGAAGAUAUUGUGGGCAAGGUGAAUUUACCAUUUCAAUUACAACAUGUAAGUGGCACACGAAAACAUUCUACGUGUGGUGAUUUCUCAAAUCAAUAUGCAGCUAUGUGUGAUCUAUGCCAAACGCCAUUCAGAGCCGAAGUCGCGUGGGAUAUAGAUACAAUAUAUUUGGCACACGAUAUAAGAAUGUUACAUUUGAAAGACUUUGACCAUUUAGAUCAAAGGGAUCUGAUCCCGCUGGUGAUGGCGCUGCAGCACAACACGUGGUUCGUGGGCGUGUGCGGGGACGGCGUGCGCGCGGGGGGCGAGGCGUGGGAGGGCGUGUGCCGCGUGGUGCGGGCGGCGCGGCCCCCCCCGCAGCGCCUCAGCUGGCGCGCCGCCGCGCUCCGCCACGACCACGCCGCGAGACUCGGACACGCGCUCGCCCGCGCCGCGCGCCCGCCGCGCCUGCACACGCUAGACUUCUCGCAGAACCACAUCGAGGACAAAGGUGCGAUUAGUAUACUGUCGGGGCUAGCGAGCAAUCCGGACGGGUUGCGAUAUAUCGCGCUGUCGCAAUGCGGUUUAACAGGCAAGACGGUAACACACCUCGCCACCAUGCUCAAUGACAACCCGAGUCAUCUAUCGACACUCUCGCAUCUCGACUUGUCGCACAACAAUUUGAAAGACGAUGUACACAACCUAUAUAAUUUUCUGGCGCAACCAAAUGUUUUAACACAUUUAAACUUAACCAAUACGGAGACGACGUUAGAAAAUAUGUGGGGUGCGCUGCUGCGCGGGUGCGCGGCGCGGCUGGCGUCGCUGUCGGUGGGCCGCAACCCGUGGUCCUCCGCGCGCCGCCCCAAGGACCCGCCGCCCUCUUUCCGCCAGUUCUUCACCGCGUGCCUCGCGCUCCAGGAUCUCGAUUUCUCCUAUUGCAAGAUGCCACCUGACGCACUCAAGAGCCUGCUACUGGGGCUGGCAUGCAACGAGAGCGCCACGGGCGUGAGUCUGAACUUGUCGGGCGUGCUGACGUCGGCGCAGGCCGCGCACGUGCUCGAGUCCUGUAUACACGGCGUGCGCUGUCUGCGCGCGCUCGAUCUCUCUGAUAACAGCAUGGAAUUCGAAUUAUCGGGUAUAGUGAGGGCAGUAGGGAAGAACCAUUCCAUUACUGACUUAUCUUUAAGCAGACUGACUGGCAAACGAUCUUAUGCACCGCCUUUAAUACAAGCUUUAGUACACGUAUUACAAGAACCAGAUACAACAUUAACGACAUUAGAUCUCAGCGAUUGUAAACUCAAGGGAGACCUGUACGGACUGCUGAACGCCCUGGGCGGCGCGCGCCGGCUGCGGUCGCUCGACGUCGGCGGGAACGUGGCCGGCGACGCCGCCGCCAGGCUCCUCGCCAAGGCGCUCCAGUGCAACUGCACACUGCAUACGCUCUACAUCGACCGGAACGCGUUCAGUUUACAAGGUUUAACGGAUAUUGCAACCGCUCUGCGACGGUCGGUAAGCGUGCGACGCGUUGAGUUUCCCGGAUGCGAUGCUGCCGCCGGCGGCCGAGGCGCUAGCGAGCGCGUGGCAACACUGUGGCGCGAACUGCAUGAACGGUUGGCGAGUAACAGCACGCCGGCGCAGACGCAUACGUUGCGCGCGCUGGCGCUGGAGCGCGCGUGGGCGGGCGGCGACGCGGCGGCGGCGCUGGCGGCGCACGCGGCCGCCGCGCUCCCGCCGCCGCCGCUGCCCGCCGCGCUCGAGCGAGCCGCCGCCGCCGCGCACCACCUGCUGCACCAGUACCUGCAGCGAUGCAGCGAAGUAUUCGCGGCGAUGGGCGGCACAGGAACUAGCGGUGAGCUUGUCACCCUGCAGGCUGUACGAGACGCUAUGGCGCCGUGCUCUAACACACUACAGGAUUUACUCAACGAGGCGGUGGAGAGUCUGGCGCUGGCGGCGUGCGAGAGCGUGGAAGGCGAGUGCGAGCCGGCGGCGCGCGCGUCUUCGCAUGUACCCGAUCUUCUCGCGCCCAUCUCGCACUCCGGGAAGUUGGACUAUUUGAAUUUGGCGACGCCGCUGGGCUGCCGGCGGCGGGAGCGCGGGCGCGGCGCGCGGCGCGUGCGGCCCAAGUCGGUGGCGGAGCAGCAGUGCAGCAGCAACGAGAUGCUGUCCCUGCCGCCGCUGCCGGCCGAGGCCGCCGACGCGCUCGCCGACCUGCCCACGCACAAGCUUAGGCAUCUCGUCAAGGGUCGUCCUAGACGUAAUAAAACAAGAGCUCCGACCCGACCUAUAACAGAUCAAUCACAAGAUAUCGAUGAAGGUCUGGACGAGUUCUGGCGCGCGUGCCGCACGCCGCCGGGCAGCGAGGAGGCGUCGCUGUCGGCGCGGACGCCGCUGACGUCCCGCAGCCUGCACUCGCUGUCGUCGCUCGCCUCCGCCUCCGCCUCGGCCUCGCCCGGCUCGCCUUCACAUUCACCCUCGCCCUCUGCUCUCAGACACUCGCCCACGCUGCAGCGGGACGACACCAUGUACAGUGUCACAUCCGGAGAAAGUACACCCGUUUUAUUAGAAUGUGAGGUGUCUCGUUGCAAGUCAUCAGAUAACGUAGGUGUAAAGUCGUCAACUACCCCGCCACCGUCACGCUCUUCAGAUAACGUGAACACAAUGGGCAACGGGUGCGCGCGCACUCCGGGCAAGGCUCGCCCGUGGUCCGUGGCCGGCGUCAACCCGGACACUAACGCUGCCGCCUGCACCACAGAAGGCGUGGAGGCGUGCGUCGGCGGCAGCAUUGUGGGCAUCACGCCGGGCGCCGCACUAACCAGCUCAAUGUUACGAGAACAUCCUUUAACUCCAGAUGGCACAGAGGCAUAGACAAGAUAGCGGUUACGCAGUGCUGGCAAACAGUGCUUGAAGACAGUACGUGAUAGAUGAGCAGGGUUCAAUGUCCAGAUAUUACACUGAACAGAUUUUAUUCUCGGAUGCUCACAGUUGUGCCACUUAGGAUUUUAACGUUUUAGACAGUAAAAUAGUUACUGAUUAGUAUAUUAAUAUUUCAAUCGCCAUUUUAGUUAUUCUUACCAUAUAUUAAUUACUAUUUUGUUUUAUAUACUGACGAUACUUUAUCAUAAUAAUACCAAGUAACUUAUGGUAGAAUUAAUGAGAUAUUUAAAUUAUGAUGACUAAUAAUUAUUUACUGUGAUUCAAGUUAGUAUUAUAUAUUCGUUUCAUUUAGUCACUAAUAUAAAUUUAUUUUAUUAUAAAUAGCUACAAAUUAUAUUUCUAUAUUGUAUUAAUUUUAAGUUAUUUUGGGAUUUCCGCAAUUAGUCACAACAGGCCACCCUUUAAAUAUCCGAAACUGGUAUAGAAUAAGUUAAAUAAUAAUUAAUCAACGGAAUUACAAUACAAUCGCAUCGAUAUGAAGCAAUUUUAUAGGAU